CUAUGUUUUAAGAAAUAACCUAUAAAAUAAAUAUAACCUCAUAUAACUUAAAACUAUGUAGAGAUUUAUUUAUUUUGAUUUUGUUCCAAUAUUAUAUUUGAAAUUGAUGAUCAUAAUUAAUCAUGUCGCGUCUAAUAGUGAAAGGUCUCCCGAAAGCAAUCACCGAAGACAAAUUAAGGAAUUUAUUUGAGAAAUAUGGUACAGUCACAGAUAUCCAACUGAAAUAUAAAGAUGGAAAAUUCAGGCAAUUCGCAUUUGUGGGUUACAAAGAUGAGAAUGACUCAAAAAAAGCUAUUGACUCACUGAAUAAAACUUUUAUAAGCACUUCCAGAAUAACAGUAGAACCCUGUGCUUUACUUGGCGAUUCCCAAAAACCAAAAUCUUGGAGUAAGUAUGCAUCAGAUAGUAAUGCUUUUAAAAGAAAACAUGGUCAUGAACAAAAAAAAGAGGAAAUUGUGAAAAAAAAGGAAGAUAUUAUAGAGAAUAAGACCAUUGAACUUUUAGAGAAGUACAGAAACGAUCCUCUUUUCGAGGAUUACCUCAAGGUUCAUAAAAAAGAAGCAGUAGCUGUUGAAAAAUUACUGUUAGAUAAGUUGAAAAAUAAUGAGACGGAAAAUAAUGAAACAGAUAAUGAGGUGGAAAAUGAUGAAACAGAUAAUGAGGUCGAAAAUGACGAAACAGACCAAGAUCAAGAAGGAAAAGAAGAGAAAUUGGCCAAUCAGAAAGUUUCUGAUUUGGAGUACAUGCAAAAAAUGCUGAAAGCAGCACCGAAAAAAGAAAAAAAAGUUAAAGAAAAGAUAGACUUCUUCACGAUAAAGUUGAAAGGUCUUCCUUAUAAUUGCAAAAAGAAGGAUAUAAAAGCUUUUCUGAAACCAUUGAGUGCGAAAAGUAUACGUGUUCCCCGAAAAAUACAUGGAAUUGCAUUUGUUGGCUUCAAAGAUGAAAAAAAAUUCAAAAAGGCAUUAUUGAAAAAUAAAAGCUUCUUAGCUGGUAACCAAAUAUUCGUCACAAAAUAUGAAGUUGAAGGGAAAAAAAGCGAUGAGAAAAACUCUGACGAUCCUAAAAAAACCAAAUGGAUUUCACAGGAAGAAUCAUUGAAAAAUGAAGAAGAAAUUGCAGAAUCUGGCAGAAUAUUCAUUAGAAAUCUUGCAUAUACUACAACAGAAGAUGAUUUGAGACCACUAUUCGAGAAAUAUGGUCCUGUCGUAGAACUGAACUUACCGAUAGAUUCAACAAGUAGGAUAUUAAAGGGUUUUGGAACGGUUACGUUUCUUUUGCCAGCGGAUGCUGUGAAGGCUUACAGUGAACUGGACGGUUCAAUCUGUCAAGGACGGAUGUUACAUCUUUUACCUGCUAAAGCCAAGGAUUCAACUGAAAAUAAUAUUCAAGAGACUACCAACUUCAAGCAAAAAAAGGCCGCUCAACAGAAAGCAAAAGCUAAUCAAUCAUAUAACUGGAACUCUCUAUUUCUUGGUCACGAUGCCGUAGCAGAGGUUGUCUCGAAGUCUUUUGGUAAAAAAAAAGAAGAUAUUGUAGGUCCGGAAAGUAAAGGAAGCGCAGCUGUAAGGCUGGCAUUGGGAGAAACUCAAAUUGUUGCUGAGACGAAAAAAUUCCUGGAAGCUGAGGGUGUUAUCCUGGAUGCCUUCAAAACGCUUGAUGGUAAAAAGUCGAAUAAAGUAAUUUUGGUGAAAAAUUUACCCUCACAAACUUCAAGUCUAGAAAUCAAGGAAUUAUUCGAAAAGCAUGGUGUAAUACAUAGAAUUAUUUUACCUCCUUCGGGUAUAACAGCAAUUGUUGAAUUUGAAGAAGCAGCAGAAGCGAGAAAAGCAUUUAAACGACUCGCUUAUAGCAAAUUCAAAAAUAUGCCUCUUUAUUUAGAAUGGGCGCCUGAAGACAGUUUGAAAGAGAAAAGUAUUCAACAGAAAGAAACAAAAACACAAGAAAAAACCAAAAAAGAAGAAGUUAUUCAAAAUGAGAUGUCCGAAGAUGAUGAAGAACCGGAACCUGAUACAACGUUAUUUGUAAAAAAUUUGAACUUUAAAACAACAGAUGAAGAUUUGAAAAAAUUCUUCCAAGGUUGUGGAAAAAUCCAUUAUGCAAAUGUUGCAAGAAAGAAGGAUACAAAUAAUCCUGGAAAUACUCUCUCAAUGGGUUAUGGAUUUGUUAGAUUCAAAACGAAGGCUGCAACAAAUAAGGCUUUGAAAACUUUGCAGCAAAGUGUUUUGGAUGGAAAGUCUUUAGAGUUGAAGAGAUCAGAAAGAGUCUUACAGGCCGACGUUGAAACUACGAGAAAAACCUCCAAAAAAACACUACAAAAUGGCACAAAAAUUUUAGUGAGAAAUGUACCAUUCCAAGCUAAUGAAAAAGAAAUUCAGGAAUUAUUCAGUGUUUUUGGUGAGAUCAAGGCAGUCAGGUUACCAAGAAAACUAUCUGGAGAAAGUCAUAGAGGCUUUGCUUUUGUUGACUAUGUAACUAACAGUGAUGCAAAGAAAGCAUUUGAAGCAUUAUCGCAAAGUACUCAUUUGUAUGGUCGUCGGUUAGUUCUAGAAUGGGCCGAACUUGAAGAAGACAAAACAGGGAAGCGAUCAGCUGAGCACUUCCAGCAAGAAGAUGCUAGUGACAAAAAUAAAAAAUUCAAAAAAUCUGUAUUUAGUAUAGAAUAAAUUUGUACAAAUGUAAAA